AUGAAACUUAAGCAGUCAUUCUACGUGGACGAUCUGGUCACCGGAGCAGAUUCAGUAGAAGAAGCGUGGGCUUUGUAUCAAGAAGCACUGCAGAUCAUGAAAGAAGCUGGAAUGAAUCUUCGCAAGUGGAUGACUAAUAACGAAGAUCUGCAGUUGUUAUUGAAUGGUGGGCAGAAGCAGCACACCGAAAUCACGAAAACGGGACCUCACCUGUUAAGUCAAGAGAAAAUUCUAGGCGUGUCGUGGGAUAGAGGUCAAGAUAAGCUACAAGUUGCCCUGAAGUCCCUGUUCACUUUUCUUGUAGAAACAGCUGACACCAAGCGCUACGUUUUACAGGCUUCGUCAAGAAUAUUCGACCCCUUGGGGAUCCUCAGUCCGUUUACCGUCCGCGUCAAAAGGCUUUUCCAGAAACUGUGGAUUGAUGGAGUCGAGUGGGAUGCAGGACUUCCAAACGGAGUACUACAGGACUGGAAAUCGUGGUGUAAGGAACUUCCUACGCUACGUCUCGUCAGUGUCAGCCGGUACGUCGGCAUACGAACCACCGACAGCAGAAGACAUCUUAGCCUGUAUACCUUCUCAGACGCCAGCAUUCACGUCUACGGCGCAGCAGUCUACGUCAAGGUAGAAGAUGAACUACCCCAGUUGCUAGUAGCAAAGGUCAGAGUUGCCCCACUGAAAGAGUUGACCCUUCCAAGGCUCGAACUGAUGGGAGCUCUUGUGGCGGCACGACUGGUCAGUUACGUCCGAACCGCUCUUUUUGACUGUUCUGUUGAUUGCCAUUUUUGGACGGAUUCGUCUAUUGUGCUUUGCUGGAUUCAAAAUGAACCUACUCGUUGGAACCAGUUUGUGGCAAACCGAGUAGCAGAAAUCCGAACACUCAGCAGUCCUGAAACGUGGAGUCAUUGUAUCAGCAGCGAUAAUCCAGCGGAUCUCUUGACAAGAGGCAUCACAGCACAACGUUUGGUGGAAACACAACUAUGGUGGAAUGGUCCCCAAUGGCUUAACAAUGAUCCUGCAGAGUGGCCACUCGACAACGGUUUAGUCCACGAAACAGAUUACGAACUACGGCACAACCACAUGAAGAGACAGCACGCUCUUCACGUGACAAUGGGACCCGUGGAGGCUGUUCUCGACAUCAACAGAUACAGUUCGUUGGACCGUCUAUUAGAAGUGACAGCCUAUGUCCAGCGGUUUGCCAGGAAUUGCUUGAACCCUCAAGACAGAAAAACUGGCCCGUUGACUCCUAAUGAGCUACAGGAGGCGAGGGUUUACUGGAUUCGUAGGGUUCAAGAAGAUUCUUACAAUGAAGGUCGUGGUCAUGUGCCUCCCGCGUUGAAGGACCUUCAGUUUUUUGUGGAUAACCAAGGCAUCAUUAGAGCCAAAGGACGCCUUCAACAUCUACAAACGUCUGAACAAGUGAAGCAUCCAAUCAUCCUGCCGGCCGAUCAUCAUUUUACGGCUCUGGUGGUACAGAAGGCCCAUACUCGAGUACUUCAUGGAGGCGUUCAGAGCACUCUCGCGGAACUCCGAGAAGAAUAUUGGGUUCAGCGGGGUCGACAAUCAGUGAAGCGAAUUAUCAGAAAAUGUGCCAUCUGCGCAAGGUUCAGAGCUCGCCGUGUCGUUGUGCCUACGGCCUCCCUUCCGAGUUUUAGGAUAGAAGCGAAUCAACCUUUCACAGUGGUCGGCGUCGACUUUGCUGGCCCGCUAUACGGAAAGAAAAGUAAUGAUAAGUUCUACAUAGUCCUGUUCACGUGUGCUUCUACUCGCGCCAUUCAUCUGGAGGUUACGUCGGCGGCAACCGCUGAAGCGUUCCUGAUGAGCUUUCGCAGAUUCGUUUCCAGAAGAGGACUACCGACAACCGUUUAUUCCGACAAUGCUCUGAGUUUCAAGAAGGCCGACAAAGAACUUCGCAUUCUAUGGAAAGCGACAACAGACUCAGAUGUCUGCGGGUACUUCACGCGUCACAAAAUCACAUGGAGAUACAUCCCCCCUGGAGCUCCCUGGUGGGGAGGAUGGUGGGAGAGGUUGAUCCGGACCGUGAAGAAUACACUUCGAAAAGUUCUUGGGAAGGCUUGCCUACAGUUCGAAGAGCUGCGAACGUUGAUGACAGAAGUAGAGUCGGUUUUAAACUCUCGUCCCAUCACCUACGUAGGAAACGACCCAGACGAGUUUGAUGCUCUGACACCGUCUCACUUUCUUUUGGGCAAAAGAAGUAUUGCGCUACCUCCAUCGGUCACCUCAUCGAACAAUGACUGCUCGACCACAAGAAAGGACGAGUUUACGCGUCGGUUGAGAUACCGAGAAAAGGUCAUGAAUGAUUUUUGGCAACGCUGGAAGCGAGACUAUUUAUUGCAACUACGAUCAGCUCAUCACUUUUCCUCAUCCUUUACGACGAAGUUAGCGGUGGGCGAUGUUGUCCUCAUCGAGAGCAAGUUGCCACGGAACAUGUGGAACUUAGGAAGGGUGGUGAAGACGCUCCCUGGGCAAGACGGCACUGUGCGAUUAUGUGUCGUCAAACACACUAACGGCAAGUUCGUCACGACUGCUGCUCAACGCCUAUUUCAUCUGGAAGUUUAG